GCCUUCUCUUACCAGUACCUGCAGGUGCCCUGGGGCAGCAGAGUCUCAGAACUUAACCUGCCCUCUGCCACCCACCCAGGCAGUCUCCUUCCAGCAAGUGCAGCUCCGAAGUUCCCUUGGUCUUCUUUUCACCAGGUGGGACGGUAAACCAUGCUGGGUCCCCUUGCUGUCCUGUGUGCCCUCCUGUUUCCCGGUGGUGGAGCAGGGCUCAAGCUUGAGCAGACUCCUGUGGUCGUGGGGCGCUUGGGCACCUCGGCCACCCUGCUGUGCACAGUGGAUAGCUCAGUCUACUACAUCCACUGGUACUUCCACAAGAAGUUUGCAGCCCCCAAGAGGCUCCUCUACCUAGACAUGUCCAGCUCAAGUGUGCAGAGGGAUACAUCUGUGAAAGCACACAAAGUCAAUGCCAAGAAAGGCAAAGACAGUUACAGCUGUAACCUGUUGGUGCAGAAGCUGGAGAAGAGCGACGAAGGCGUGUACUACUGCGCUGCCUGGGAAGAGCACAGCCACUCCUGCUGCCCUGGCCCCUGCACAAAAAGGUUUCCAUCUCCCAGGGUGCUCCACGGCUGGCACCUUCCUCUCACUGUAGGUCUCUGGGUUGUCCUGGAGUCCGCCCUCAGCAUCCUGUCUUCUGGUGGACAACUUCUCCGAAGGUCCACUGCAUAUAAUCCUGGAAGCUAAGCAGCCCCUAGUGCUCAGGCUGGUGCAGACCCAGGGAGCUGUCUGGCCUGGAAGGACUUUUCUAAAGAUUGUAAGGGGGGAGUGUCUUUGAAGGAUUUGGAACAAAAUCUGUGCCACUCAAUGUUGUAACCACUAGCCACUGGUCACAUGUGGGCACUGAGCACUAGGAAUGCAGCUAGUCCUCUAUUCCAAGCUGAGAUGACUGCUUGUGCAACAUACAAGUCCUAUUCUGGAGUCUAAAAAAAUGAAAUAUCUUCUUAGUAAUUUCUAUACUGAUUAGAUGUUGAAAUACUAUUAUAGAUAUCUCGCAGUAAAUAGAAGUAAUCCUAGAAUCUUAUUUGCUUCUUUAGCUUUUUAAAAUGCAACAGGAUGAAAAUAUUUGUGUCUCCAAUAGUGAUUUAUAUUUAUUUCUAAUGAACAGAGCUGUGGCAGACUGGCGAUUGAAGAAUCUGACCAUGCCCAUGAUGAAUGUGGUAAUAAAAUACUCUGCAAAUCAUUUCAAGGGUAAAGGACUUCCUGGAGUUUUGCCACAAAAUGGUUGAAAGCUGGGAUCUAAAGUCACCUCCUGAUUCCAUUUUCUAUGUUGCUGCCCCGCCUCCUGCUUAGUUACUUGCAGUGGAGAGUCAGGGAGCAGAAGCUCAGAAAGCUGAGGGCCUACUUUUCAGCACCCUCCUGCACUGGCAUGUCUGGGGCUCAGCUCCUGUGGGGGGAUAUGAUCCUCAUGCAGGUUAGUGCAUCAGCCCUGGAUGAGUCUGGGGACCUCCACCUUCUGCUCUGAAUGAAUGUUGCUCCAUGUGGGAUUUUGGGAUCAGAUUCCCUGCACCUCUCUUCUGUCCUCUGUAAAAUGAAGUUGUGUAACUGCCACAAUUAUGUGAUGACUUCUGUAUCAAUCCAAAAAUUGUAUCAAUAAGAUAUCACUAUACUUACUUCUUAUAAUAUUAGUCAACCUCUUGACAAAAAAAUAAAAUAAAUAAAUAAAGAAGAGCUACA